CCAUAAUCCUGUUCAGCACAUUGUGAAGUGGUCAGGGUGAGAAGGAGAGUCAGACCAAGUCAGGAAGAAGCUAACAGGUGGUUUCCUCUAAGUCAGGUGAGAGAGGUAGUACACACAAAACAAGAAAAAUAACAAUAUUAUCCCUUCACCAUAGUGUUUCUUUGCAGCAUGGGGAAUUCUAAGAGUGGGGCACUGUCCAAGGAACUUCUGGAGGACCUGAAGUCCAAUACUAAGUACAACGAGGCCGAGCUGUGUGUCUGGUACCAGUCCUUCCUCAAGGAAUGCCCCACAGGCAGGAUCACCAAGGAGCAAUUUGAGGGCAUUUAUGCCAGCUUCUUCCCUAAUGCAGAUCCUACUGAGUACGCAAGGCAUGUCUUUAGGAGCUUUGAUACCAACGCAGAUGGUCAACUGGACUUUAAGGAGUACAUUGUGGCCCUGCACCUUACCUCCGGAGGUAAGACCCUGCAGAAGCUAGAGUGGGCCUUCGCCCUCUACGACGUGGAUGGAAACGGAACCAUCAGCAAAAAUGAGAUCCAAGAGAUUGUUAAGUCAAUAUUUAACAUGAUCCCAGAGGAAGACCAAAAGGACCUGCCUGAAGAUGAAAACACACCUGAUAAGAGAGCAGACAAAGUCUGGGACUUUUUUGGAAAGAAAGAAGAUGACAAGAUUGCAGAGAGGGAAUUCAUUCAAGGAGUGAUGGACAACAAGGACAUCCUACGGUUGAUUCAGUAUGAUGAGCCCCAGAAAAUCAAGGACAAACUGAAGGAGAAGAAACAAUAGCUUUCCGACAAAAUCAUUCUUUUGAAUUCUAUAAGACUGUUCAAAGCUUAACUGUUUACAAACCCAACUCUCCUGCCAGACCUGGGCUCUUUGUGGGCUAGACAACAUUGGCUUACAGAUUGAAGUACCGCACAUUGUGGUGGAUGACCUGUUUGUCUAUGAGACACCUGGACUUUUCUUCCCACUCAAAUAACUGUUCCGUGCUCUAGAAUGAUGGGUAUUCUUUUCUAUUUCGUAAUGAAUGAAUGGUUUCCAGGAUUCUGUUGCCUGCUGCUGUGUUCACUUGCAUUCAUUAGUUUGAUAAAGAGAAAGCCACCAGGAAAGGACCCACUGGGCACACACUGGUUGAAUCAAUGUUGUUUCCAUGAUAUUUAAAUGAAAUUACGUCGAACCAACAUAGACUUGACAUCUGUGCCCAGUGGGGAGCUCCUUGUGAAGGGACUUAGGCUGAAGUUAACAAUCCCUGUCUUACUAUCAAUCCUAUUAGUAUGUGAAGGUCAGUUUAGAAACAUCCUGGCAGAGGUUUGUUAUCAAGGUAAUCAUGUCUAUAGAAUGUGUCUUAUAAUGUGCUUAGCAGGACUGAAACCUCAUACAAUGUACAGUAUUCAACUGGUAGAACAAAGGAAAAGGAGUCUUCUUUCUUGAAUAUUGUUGACAUUAUGUUGAUGCUGUCAGAGACUGCUGGAAACUACAUAAUAAAAAACGCUGUGAAAAAUGACAUUAUUAAGGGGUUCUAAAAAAAACGUUUUAAAAAAUAAAUAUAUAUACUAUAUACUGGAUUUAAGUAGAGAAAAUGAGUAAAUGUAAUAUUCAACUUUUGUUGAAAGAUUCAAGGCAUUCUAAAAAGAGCAAUACAGAUGUACUGUCACAAAUCGUCUUCCUGGUCCUGAGGGAAUGAGAUUUCUUUCUUGUUUACAUUUUUAUUUCCCUUCAAUAAGCGUGUAUUUAAGUGUGUAGAGUUGUUAUUAUAUUCUGAAAUGGUAUCAUCCUGAAUUUGAUCAUAUGUUGAUCCUAUGUUGGUUUACAUUGUUAAAGAGACAUACUAUAGUAUCAAAUACAAUAACUGUCUUUGUUUACAAGAACAAUAGUAAACAUAUAACCAAAUGA